CGGCGGCUGAGGGGCGGGAAAAAGGGGCGGGCAGAGAACGGGAACGCUCCGCCAUCCUCCCCCUCCUUCUCCCAGCGCCGGCUCGGCCCCGUGCCCUGCCGCCCCCUGCCCGCUCCGAGCCCGGGCCACAGGACCUCGGUGUGCCUGAGUCUCUGCAUUUGUGUGACUGUUCCCUGGAAUCACAGACUCUGUGUACAGAGAUCCUUAACAGGAUUUGGAAUUGGAGGUCUGUGGCAAGGAAAGAUGAUCCCCAGCCAGCAUUCCUGAGCCACCAGGAUGGGGCCAGAUGUACCCCUGCUCAAUGACUACAAGCAGGAGUUCUUCUUGAAGCGCUUCCCUCAGACUGUGCUGGGAGGUCCCAGGUUCAAAUUAGGCUACUGUGCCCCUCCUUACGUCUAUGUGAACCAGAUCAUCCUUUUCCUGACACCAUGGCUUUGGGGAGGAGUGGGAACACUCCUGUACCAGCUGGGAGUGAUGAAGGACUUCUGCACCGCAGCGCUGUCGGGAGGACUCAUGUUUGUUACUGCACUUGCUCUUCAGAUGACAAACCUCUAUGCAAAGCAGAAAACAGUGACAGUAGAAAGAAUGCAAAUUCAGAAUACCCUGACAGAUGAAGAUGAGUUUGAAUUUUCCAGCUGUGUAGGUUCAGAGACAGUAAAAUUUAUUAUUCCUGGCAAGAAGUACAUAAUCAACACUGUAUUCCAUUCCCUCCUGGCAGGGGUAUUGUGUGGGCUGGGGACUUGGUAUUUGCUGCCAAACAGAAUAACCUUGUUAUAUAGCAACAUUGGAGGAACUGUUGUGAUCUUUGUGUUUGGAUGGGUGACCAUAUGUAUAGGAGAGUAUUCAUUAAUCAUAAACACAGCCACCGAAACAGCCACUUUCCAAGCACUGGAUACUUAUGAAAUCACUGCUCUGAUGAGACCUUUCUACAUUUUUGUCUUUAUUGCAGUGGAUCUUGCACACAGGUUUGCUGCCAACUCACCCAUCCUAGAGCAGACAAACCAGAUUUUGCACAUCCUGUUUCUUUUUCUGCCAUUCUUGUGGGCAAUGGGAAUUCUGCCCCCGCUUGAUGCGCUUUUUCUCUGGGGAAUGGAACAACUGUUGGAGUUUGGACUAGGAGGUUCACCUAUGUCAAGUAACACAAAGUUGUUAGUAAUGUUUCUCAUUUCUGCUGGAACAGCAAUAGCAUCGUAUUUCAUUCCCAGCCCCCUCGGUGUGAUCCUCUUCAUGACUGGAUUUGGGUUCAUACUGAGUCUUAACCUAAGUGAGAUUGGGUUUGCCUUCAAACACACCAUGAUCAGCCAUUUAGCCUCCAGCAAAUCUAAAAAUACUCACAGAGGUCUUAGAAUACAAUUUGGGUGGAGGGAAUUUAUUUUCUACGUGACUGUGUUGACGUUUGCUCUCACAGAAGCGGGCCUGCUGCAUCAAUUUGCAGGCUCCUCAUCAUUUUCCCAAGCCAGUCCCCAGGCCAUAGCAAGUUACAUUCUGAUCCUAUUACUUGUAAUUAUGUGGAUUCUUAGAGAGAUUCAGAGAGUGUACUUGUUUGGAGUCUUCCGAAACCCCUUUUACCCAAAGGAUGUCAGGACUGUGGCUGUGUUCAUGGAGAAGCAAAGAAGGCUAAUGAAAGUUGGUGUUGUCAGGAGGAUUUUACUAACACUAGUGUCUCCAUUUGCUAUGAUAGCCUUCCUGUCACUUGACCAUUCGCUACAGAACCUGCAUUCCGUGUCUGUUUCCAUUGGAUUCACAAGGAUGUUUAGGAUGGUCUGGCAGAAUACAGAAAAUGCCUUACUAGACAUGGUGGUUGUGUCAGCAGCACAAAUGUUGGUGUUUAAUCCAGACCUCUGGUGGAACAGGAGCCUUGAUACAGGAAUCAAACUCUUGCUGGUCGGUCUCCUGCGGGAUCGGCUGUUCCAGUUCCUCUCCAAGCUGCACUUCGCCGUCGCCAUCCUGCUGACCUCGUGGACGGAGAAGAAGCAGCGCCGCAGAUCCAGCGCCGCCCUGAUCGCGCUCAACCUCGCCUUCUCCCCCGUCCUGCUGGCCCUGGUGGCCGUCUCAGCGCUGCUCUCCUCGCCCCUGCUGCCGCUCUUCACGCUUCCCGUGUUCCUGGUGGGCUUCCCCCGGCCCCUGCGGAGCUGGCCGGGCCCCGCGGGCGGCACCGCCUGCGUCUGCUCCGACACCGUGUACUACCGGCAGCUCGUGCCCGGCCUGGCCGCGGCGCUGCAGUCGGCGCUGGCGGCCGGCGGCCUGGGUCUCUCUCUGCCUGGGUCGCAUUACUUGUGCCGCUUUCAGGACAGGCUGAUGUGGAUAUUGGUGCUGGAAAAGGGCUUCACAUACUGUGGUGUUAACAUUAAGGGGCUAGAACUGCAGGAAACAUCCUGCCAUGCUGCUGAAGCUCACAGAGUGGAUGAAAUUUUUGAAAUGGCCUUUGAACAUCAGGAGCACGCAAGGAUUCUGUCUCCCAAUCCCCAUUUUGGACACAUCCUGACUCCCUGUACUGUGGUUCCUGUGCGGCUGUAUUCUGAUGCCAGGAAUGUGUUAUCUGGAAUAAUUGAUUCCCAUGAGAAUUUAAAGCACCUGAAAGAUGAUUUUGUUAAAGUGCUUGUAUGGAUGCUUGUCCAGUAUUGUUACAAAAAAUCCAAGACGUGGGAAAGCCCAGGCAGUGCCAACAAGAACAAACAAGGAUCAUUUCCAGAAAACCAGCAUAGCGGUGCAGUGAAAGGAUCCAGAGCUCUGAGGGAAGAAGACAGCUUUAGUGUUGAUACAGUGGAGGACUGGACUGAUGAUAGUGACAUUUUUGAUUUUGAGCCCAGUAGCAGAACAAGAGACAGAAAAGAACCUGGGCAGUUGAGACUGACACCAAAAGUGCACCUGUCUAUUCCAGGGUCUAUAGAAACACAGAGCCAAGAUUUCCUACAAGAAAUAUCUCCAGAAGAUAAAUUAAACAGGGCUGUGGUGCUUGGGCUGCCUGCUGUGGACAAAGGGAAACAGCCAGAAGUUUUACCUCAUGUAGAAUUCAGUUGCUCUUACUCAGAGCUGCUGAGCAUCCCUGAAGAAUGGAGAACAGCACCAGUGCCUUCUUCCAAAGUCAGUGAAAUGAGGCAGAGGUUUCCAGAGGAAUGGUACCACUUUGUUUUGAGCCAACUGGACUUUUUUCAUCUGAAAGAGAAGCCUUCCAGUUUACUCACAGACCUUAUGAAAGAUAAAGCUCUGAAAGACCUGUACAUCCACGGGGUGCUGUCGUGUUGCUUUGGUCUGUUUGGCCUGGAUAACGCCGUGCCCGCCCCUCGCCACGUCUUCAGGGCGUACACCGGUGGCAUUCCCUGGUCUGCCGGCUUGGACUGGCUAACAGGCAAACCUGAGCUCUUCCAGCUGGCAUUAAAAGCAUUCAGAUACACCUUUAAACUUAUGCUGGACAAAGCCAGCCUGGGCCCAGUGGAGAACUUCGAAGAGCUGGUGAAUUACCUGGAGGAAUAUGACAGCGAUUGGUACAUUGGGCUGGUGUCAGACCUGGAGUGGCAGCAAGCAGUCCUGCAGGAAAAGCCAUACCUGUUCUCACUGGGGCAUGACCCAAGCAUGGGAAUUUACACGGGGCGAGUCCUCACUCUGCAGGAGCUGUUAGUCCAGGUGGGAAAGCUCAACGCUGAAGCUGUGCGAGGCCAGUGGGCCAACCUGUCCUGGGAGCUGCUCUAUGCCACCAACGACGACGAGGAGCGCUACAGCAUCCAGGCACACCCGGCCCUGCUGCGCAACCUGACCGUGCAGGCGGCCGACCCGCCCCUGGGCUACCCCGUCUACUCCUCGCAGCUCCUGCAGCUGCCUCUCUUCUAGGCUGUCCUCUUGUCACUUGUGGCUGUCACUGGUUUGUCUUUUUCCUCCGUGUGUUGCAGUCAAAUGUCCACGCUCCCUUGUGUGCUACGGAUCAGGUGUUACUCUCAGGGUGGUGGCACCAGGGCAGUGCAUGUCCUGGGUACAGGGGUUGGUGCUGGCCAGAGCCUUCAGCAGGCAGGAAGUUGGGGACUGGUUGCUUGCUGCUGGAACACAAGACACCAUUGCCCGUGUGGCUGAUGAGCCACAUGCUGAAAUUCUCUUCUCCAGCUUAAAGAAAAGCAACAUAAUUCUUAUCAUUACCAUAAUUCCGAUCAUUAACUAUUUUUGGUGCAUACUGAUUUAUUUUUACUUUUUUUUUUUUCCUUUGGACAGGUGACUUGCACUGCCAGUCAGGUUACAGCUUCUUGUAGUGUUGUCAACCCCAGAGUUGGCAACCAAAGUGUACAUAGGACUAUUUAUAUGAAUUUUUUUUAUUGUGGCCAUUUUAUAUUGGACUGAGUUCAGUUCUAGCAUUUGUUAUAUGACUUUCACUUGAUCUUCCUUACAUGUAGUAAAUUAUCAGCCAUGCUUUAAAUGAAUUCCAAGGGACAAUUUUUACCAAACUACUUGUUUUGGUAAAAAGAAUGUAUGUUAACCAGUGUGUGCUGACACAUUGAUAGCCUGGGUGACUUUAUUGAUGAAAGAAGUAAAUGUAUAUAAUUAGGGGACAGAGGAAAUUUUAAGAACAAAUGGUAUGAUUUCAUCUCCUUCUUCCAGUCUCCAUAUAUAUGAUAUAUAUUAUAUACAUCUGUAUAUAUAUGUUGUUACUUUCAACCUCUCUCCACCUCCCUAACCGGUCUUCCACAAAUGCAGUGAGAGCUUCAUGAUGGGGAGUGGGUGAAAAUCCAGCUAGAACUAUUUGUUUUUUUAACCUCACUACAGCUGGAGCAGACCUGGACAGCUGGUUUGUAACAUUACCUUGAAAACAGGUCCAGGUCCAGUUUCCAGUGGCUCAUUUAUCCUGUUCACUACCACCAGUCUUAGCACAGAACUGUGUUUUCUCAGCAAUUCCAUGGUUACACUGUAGGCAAAUGCUGAGCAGGGAGUAGGUAAUUGUAUUUCCUACUCCUACAGAAUCAAUUUAAAUCAGACCUGCUCCAUAACUGAAGCAGUACUGGUUUGGAACACCCACCCUUGUCUGAGUCCAAGCCCAUUUAUUACUUUUACUUCUCACCUUUAAGACCUUUUGUCUCAUAUGAAAUUUGCCACAGAACCUUGUACUUGGCUGCUGGUUGUUCCUUUAGAUAGUGGCCAGAAAUGGUUUUUAAAAACUAUGCAAGUGGUGUAGUGGGUUUCCAAAGCAGGUUUGGUGCUAUGCUGGGCCCUGAGCUGCAUCUGGAAAUACAGAGCCAUGGAAGUGAUGUGGAAGGGGCUUAUAGAGAGCACCUAUUUCAGCUCCCUCUCACAAGGAGGAAAAUGUUUACUCUGAUUUAAAUCUUCCAAGGUGAGGAGUGUCAUGAACUCCUCAAGCAGUUCACUCCAGUCUUGCAGCAGCUGGAAAGUUGGAGCUGUUUCCUAAAUCUAAUUAACCCUCCCUUGCCUCAUUGUAAAUUUCUUACUACUUGUCUUCCGUAUGGUCACAGAAAAUUUAAUUAUCUUUUUUUGCAGCAGUCCUUACUCAAAGAAGGCUGUAAUUUCUGCCCUCAUACUUUGUCUUUUGUAAACUGAAUAAACCAGUUGAGAAAAA